AUGGCGACGGUCCGUCCCCUCGAUGGGGAAGCGGUGGCGCUGCUCGCCCCGCUCGUGAAGGCGGCUGCGGCGGGCGCGGCCGAAGGCGGAGGCGGGCGGCAACAGGUCGCCGCCGCUGUCGCCUCGGCCCUGCGCGCGGGUGCCGCGCUGCUCGCCCCGUGCCCGGCCUCCGAAGUUGAGGAGGGGGUGGCGGUGCGCGAGCAGCUUGGGAGGGCCCACCUGACGGAGAUGGUCAAGGCUGGCCGCGCGGGCGUGCAGCCGCGGCCGUCGGGGGCCAGCCGCGCCUUCCGCGGCUGGGCCCAGCACGCCGAGUUCGGCGGAGGGCCCCAUGAUGUGCCUGCCAAGGCGCGCGAUGCCAGGCGCCGCGGGAGGGGCCGUCGGCGCGGUGCUGGCGACGCUGAGUCGGCGGGGGCGGCGGACACUGCGACCACUGACGACCUGGAGGCAGUGAAGGGGCAGCUCGAGGAGGGUCGGGAGGUGAAGGUCCCGUUGAAGCCGGUGGAGAAGAAGAAGAAGAAGGUGGAUAUGAAGACGCUGGUCUUUAAGUGCGCCCCUGGUGACAAGGCCACCGACGAUGUGAAGGUGGUGGUAUCGGCCAUGGGUGAGUUGGCCCUGGUGAGCACUCGGCUCAACAACGGGGAGACCAAGAUCGGCCCCGAGAAGCUCAAGGGCGCGAGUGCCCCCAAGGUGACGGCCCAGCUGGUCACGGAUUGCCGCAAGAUGGAGUGCAGCCACAUGGACGAUGGCGCUUACGAUGGCGUCGCGGUCAAGGUCGGCGACGACGACGUGUUCGCGGAGUGCAGCGUUGUGAGCCUCUCUGUCGAUCCCGUCAAGGGCAAGGGCAGGCGUCUCGAGGCCGAUGCCCUUGGAGGUCGUGCGCAGGAGCGGCUGGCCGCGGCCGUGGCGGCCCAGGCGGCAAUCCUGAGCGGCGAUCUGGCCGAGAGGCUGCGGCUUCUCGAGGCCGAAUGA